AUGGAUGGUGCCGCAGAUUACGAACAGAGACAUGUGCACGAGGUGUACCAAGACAUUGCAGGUCACUUCUCGUCGACUCGAUACAAGCCGUGGCCUGUGGUCGACAAGUUCCUCCGCCGCCUGCCCGCGGGGUCUGUCGGUCUCGACGUAGGGUGUGGAAACGGAAAAUACUUGGCCGUGAACAAGGACAUCUUCAUUAUUGCGUCUGAUAGGUCCAAAGCCCUAGUGGAGAUUGCCCGCCAACACCAACCGCAUACCGCCAUUGUCGCUGACAUCCUGAGUCUCCCUCACCCUAGAGAUCUGUUUGAUUUUGCCCUUUCCAUUGCGGUCGUACACCACCUAUCGUCCCCGGCACGAAGGGUUGAAGCUAUCAGAGAAAUCUUGCAGACAUUAAAACCACCCCCCAAAUCGGACCGGGGAAACGGAGAAAGAGGAGGGGGAGGUCAGGCAUUGAUAUUCGUAUGGGCGCUGGAGCAGAAAGACAGCCGACGAGGUUGGGAUCGCGGUCACGAGCAGGAUGUGCUUGUGCCGUGGGUUCUUAAGCCGGAUGUCGCCUCCAGAUCCAAAUCGGAGGCUCAGAUCUCCAACCCGCCGAUCUCGACGACUUAUCAUCGAUAUUAUCAUUUGUAUCGGGAGGGUGAGCUGCAGGAAGACGCGAAGGCUGCUGGUGCGAAGAUAGUCGAGUCCGGCUAUGAUCGACAUAACUGGUGGGUUAUACUUGCCCGACAAGACUGA